GCUAGAAAAUUAUUAUGAAGCGCAGGAAUCACUGACACAGGUAAUGAAGAGAGGGUUUCUUGGCCUCUCAAGGGCCAUGUGUAACAUAGGUGUGAAGCGAGUCUCAAGUGAUCAGUUUAUCAAUGCUGAGCUCACAGCUCAACAUGUUGUCCAGAUAGACAAGAACUUCCCAGAAGAUGAAAAUAAAUCAGAGCUCUUGUAUGAAAAAGAUAUAGAAACAUUGUUUCAUUUAACCAAACCAACUGAUGGUGGUAUAGAUGAGAUCAUUAGGAGGACUGCAGCCAUUGAAACCCCUACAAAUGUUGAGGGUUUGAGGAAAAGAAAUGUUGAAAACACGGAGAAUUCUGGGGACAAAAAUAAAACUCUGGUUACAGGAGAGGAAAAAGGUGCAACACAAAAAAGUAAAAGUUUUGACCCUAUAAAACUGUUUGGGGUUUUAGUGCCCCAGCCAUUACGAACAAGUCAGCAAGAUUUUAUCCAAUCAGUUCAGAUCUGUGUUAACUUGGCCAACUUGAAGCAUCAGCUGCUACACCUACAGUGCUUGUACAAGCAGCUGUUAGAAGAAAAGAAAAAACAGACUUCAUCAUCAGAAGAACUUUAGACUUGAAACAGUGAAACUGAGAGGACAAAGUCACAUUGCUUCAGUCUUCCAAAAACGUUUCCCAUUAAUCAUAAUCUAAACCAGAUCAAUCUUAAAAUAGUUUAAUGUAUUCAAGAUUAACUUUUUAAGUGGUACAGUAUAUUUGAUUGUAUAUUUAAGUUUAAGUGUACAUUUUGAAGCUUCAUAAUAAAAAUU